UUAACCGUUGCUUCACUAGCUUGACCCCGAAAUGGAACGAUGUCAGUGAAGUCAUGUUGGAGAGCUUUGAGGACUCCCAGAUCACUUUGGCUCCUUCGAAAGAUUCUUACCAUAAAAAUAAAGUGUCUGCAGUUCUUGAGCAAUUACAGUCGAAUAAUUGAAGUAAGAGCCAAAAACUACUAUUUGGAGUCGAUUAAGUUUGAUUUGGUAUUUCUUAAUUCUGGUCUUCAGAGGAGCUAGGGUAGAUCGGCCUUUCUUCUCUCGACUCUCACUUUCAUACCUCAGUGCCGCGUUUUUAUGGGAUGCGGUUUCCAAACCCUUCAUACGUGUGUAGUCCGGGACAGAAUGAGAAAAGAGGUAAUCCCGUCGGAUGAAAUUGGUUCACCGAGAAUUACUCACCAACAAACAAGAUUUACUGGAAAGGAUCUGGCAAAAGCAAAAGGUGAUGGUAGCUCAGACAUGUUCGAUGAGAUCAGACAGAGAUUUUUAGAGUUCAAGAACAACAAAUUCUUGAAGGAGGCGGCGCAUUUUCAGAAUCUUGCAAGAGCUCAGUCGCCAAAGUUCAUGGUGAUUGCUUGUGUGGACUCUCGGGUGUGCCCGACUAAUGUACUCGGACUCCAACCAGGAGAGGCCUUCAUGGUGCGUAAUGUCGCAAAUCUUGUUCCGGCAAUCGAGUUUGGAACAUCGGAAACUGGCGCUGCUCUUGAAUUUGCAGUGAAAGCUCUUGAAGUAGAGAAUAUAUUAGUCAUAGGCCAUAGUCGAUGUGCUGGAAUUGAAGCCCUCAUGGGCAUGCAGGAUUCGAAUCCAAGAAAUUAUGUAGAGAGAUGGGUCAUCAAUGGAAAAGCUGCCAAGCUACGAACAGAAGCGACCGCACCACACCUUAGCUUUGACCAGCAAUGCAUACAUUGUGAAAAGGAAUCUGUCACUCAGUCCCUGAACAACUUGCUUACAUAUCCAUGGAUAAAAGAAAGAGUCGAGGAAGGACUGCUAUCCAUCAGCGGAGGGUACUAUGAUUUUGCCGACUGCACAUUUGAGAAAUGGACUCUCGACAUCGAAAGAAGCGGCGCCACUGGAGGGAAGAGAUAUCCGACGAAAGAUCACCAGUUCUGGUGCUGAGAUAUCUUCUCCAAUGUGUCCUGGAAAUUGCAAUGCGCAAUGCCGAGUGUAUGUAAAUGUACUAUGUAGUAUAGUUGAAAUGUGGCUGUAUUGGAAUAAAAAAUUAAACACAACAAAUAUGGUAAUAGAAGUCUUCAGCAGCUUUCAUUCUUAAAUUCGGUGGAGAACAUGCAGCCCACCGAAAAUCAUGGCUUUCUUGAUUUCCUUUCGUCCUCUAUCAUUUAUUGAUUUGAGGUGUUGUCAUCAAAUAUCAAUUUUACUGUUAUUUCAA